UUUUUUUAAUCGGCGCUGCAGCAGCGUAUCAGGGAGCGAGUCGUGUCUUUCGGGUGGCUUUUGGGACGUCCCACGUUGGACUACUGGAGCAUAGCCUGAAUGCAUCACGUCUGCAAGCCCAGCCCCGGUGACAGCAGACGCCGCUCGCCGUCAUCCAGGUGCUCACCUACGGAGAGCUUCUCCCCGAACCCGCUGUCUUCGGAGCCACUACCUGGAUGAGGAGGAGUACCGUUGUCGUGCUAUGCUUUGUCUACAAGCACGACCACCUCACGCCCCGAACCCCCUCCUCCCCCUGCCCGGAAAAAUGAAGCGGGAACACGGUCCAAAAAUGAGGACGGCCACAUUUUGAGUCGUCUGUGUGGCGUACACGCAGAGUCGGGAAGCCAUCUAACCAACCAGCCACCCGGGGGAAAGUCUCCCAGACUUCGCGGCGCCAUGGCUGGGCUCAUCAAGAAACAAAUCUUGAAGCAUCUCUCCAGGUUCGCCAAGAACCUGUCUCCCGACAAGAUCAACCUGAGCACGCUGAAGGGCGAGGGCCAGCUGACCAACCUGGAGCUGGACGAGGAGGUGCUCCAGAGCCUGCUGGACCUUCCCACCUGGCUGGCCAUCAACCGCGUGGGCUGCAACAAGGCCGCCAUCCGCAUCCCAUGGACCAAGUUAAAGACUCACCCCAUCUCCCUGACGCUUGAUAAAGUGGAAAUGGAAAUGAGCACCUGCGAUGAACCACGUCCCCCUAACGGCCCCUCCCCCAUCGCGACGGCGUCGGGUCAGAGUGAGUACGGCUUUGCGGAGAAGGUGGUGGAGGGCAUGUCGCUGUCCAUCAACUCCAUCGUGAUCCGCAUCAGCGCCAAGGCCUUCAACGCAUCCUUUGAGCUGUCCCAGCUGCAGGUGUACAGCGUCAACACCAACUGGAGCGUCAGCGACUUGCGCUUCACGCGCAUUCAGGACCCUCAACGGGGGGAGCUCCUGACCUUCAAGGAGAUCAGCUGGCAGAUGAUCCGCAUCGAGGCCGACGCCAUCCAGAGCGCCGAGCACGACAUGCUCAGCGCGCCCAUCCGCCUCAUCACCAACCAGUCCAAGAUCCGCGUCACGCUCAAGCGAUGUAUGAAGGACUGCAACGUGGUGGCCUCCAAGCUGGUUCUGAUCCUGGACGACCUGCUGUGGGUGCUGACCGACUCGCAGCUCAAAGCCAUGGUGCAGUACGCCAAGUCCCUCAGCGAGGCCAUGGAGAAGUCGGCGCAGCAGAGGAAGAGUUUGGCCACCGAAGGCCAGGCGUCGUCCGGCCCGCCGUCGGCCCAGCAGGUGCACACGCAGCAGACGGCGGCGGCGGCCGACCAGAGCGCCACCAUGGCCAAGCUGUUCAGCGCCUACGACGUGUGCGAGACGUCGCACCACCUGCAGAUCACGCACCUGGACCUGCACAUCUGCGACGACAUCCACGCCGCCGACAAAGUGAUCAACAAGAGGAUCACAGGUGGAGCCAUGCAGCUGUCCUUCAGCUCCGUCACGCUGGACUACUACCCUUUCCACAGAGCAGGCGACAGCUGCACGCACUGGAUGCACUACAGCGAGGCCACCAAAACCCGAGAUUCUUGGGCGCGGAGCCUCCUGGACGAGUUCAAGUCCAACGUGGAGAUGCUGAAGAGUGCCGUGCGAGGCCAGCAGGGGGCGGCACCUGCGCACAGCUCGCCGGGUAAACACACUGGCAUGGCUAACAGGCGUGAAUGUCAUCGCGCGCGUGCACACAUCAGCUGGGUUUUCUGUCCCCAGUGUCCAUUAGGGACGAUGUGUAUUGGCCACGACAAUCUGUUUUGGAUGGAGCGCAAGUUGGCGUUCGCCGGCAACACCACAGCAUUUCGUUUCGUGGUUGCUCCCACAGUCCCGUGCCCCAACCUGUACGCCCAGCUCAACGCCCUGCAGCUGGUCCUGGAUCACCGCAGCCUGGUGUGGCUCAACCUGUUCGCUUUGGACCUGCGGCAGAGUCUGGAGCAGUUCAUGGAGAUCUACAAGCUCAACGACUCGCAGAAGCCCGACGAGCACGUGGACAUCAAGGUGGACGGCCUCAUGCUGAAGGUGGUGAUCCCGGCCGAUCGGGACCCCUCGUGCCCGCCCAACCUUCCCCGCUCCGUCUCCGUGCAGACGUCUGAGAUGGUGGCCACCAACACACGCCACCCGGCCAACUGCACCCGUGCCCACCUGGAGGCCCUGCUGCAAGCCUUCCAGGGGGAACCCUUCUUCUCAUCCUCUUUCGUCUCCUUUCCUCGACUCUCCUCCUCCGUGCCGCUCCUUCAUCCCGUUUUCCGCUACCACGCCCACGAGCAGGACACUCGCCUGCACGACAUCUACCGGGGCCUGGUGACCCCCACCAUGGGGGCCAACGCCCUCAAAAUGCCGGCCGCCGCCGACUUCUGGGCGCUGCACUUUGCACAGUUCUGGGUGGACUACGAGGGCAAGGGGCGGCCGCAGCCCUUCGUGGACUCCUUCCCCCUCAGCGUGUGGGCCUGCCAGCCCGCCAAGCUCCUCGCGCACCAGGAGAAGCUGCGAGGACUCUCACGGAGCUCCUCCGCGGAUUCCGCCGGCCGCAUGCAGAGGAAGCGGCUGCUGAAGGAGUUCUACAGCGCCGACGGCGCACCCGCGCCGUGCCACAGUCCGUCCAAUGGACUCCGUAAACCCCAAUCGUUGGACAGUUUGCCUUCUUCUCCUUUGACGUCUACAGGCAAAGAUGCUGAUGUCCAUGUGCUGGUGCAUGUUCACAAGCAUCUAAGUGCUCAGGUGAGCCACUCGCAGUAUGUGUUCCUGAUGCGCCUGCAGCGCAGCAUCAAGGCCCUGCAGCAGACCUUGCAGCAGGACCUGGAGGACAUGGGAGGGCUGCGCAAGGCUCCGGCCCAGCGUCCCGCCGACCAGCGACCCUUCACCGCCUGCCUGGGCCUCCUGCUCAAGAGCGCCGAGGUCUCCCUCCUCCUCAAGCCCGUCGCCCAGACGGAAGGCUCGGGAUCUCCUCUCGGGUCUGAGCUGUCGCCCUCUGAGAGCAGAGGAACCCUGGAGCCGGGCGGCGAAGGGGUGGGCAAAGGGAGCUCCACCGUGGACCAAAUGUUGUGCGGCGACGCCCCCGACGCGAAGACGCCACGGGGGCCCGAACCGCUCGUCCCCACCGCCGCAGCGACAUCAAAUCACCAGUCCUCGCAUGAGGAAAGGACUUCUUCGGCUAAGAAUGCCGAGAGGUGGAAUUGCGGUGAAGGAGGGGAGAUGGUGGCCGAGGUUUUGGCCAACGAGGAUGAAACCAAGUUUCAGGCAGGUGAGCCGCUUUGUGAGGACAAAGCUGCGGCCACCAAGAUGCCCCAGUCCACAUCCAGGAAAGGAAGUUUGUCUCUUGUUUCCGAUCUCCUCAACUCUUCAUCUACCAGCAGAUCCACCUCCCUUUAUUCCAUGUCCAACAUCGGGCGUCUGAUGCGCGACCGCUCGCAGUCCAGUUUCUCUGUGACCUACAAGAACAUGAAGAAGAGUCCGUCCCUGCAGUCGCUGGAUAACAUCUCCAUUGACAGCUAUCUGCUGGAGGACGGCGACACCUUCAGCCUGAUGGAAAGAGAUGACAUGUCCAUCUCGGGGUUCAAGGCCACCACCGACAGCUCCGCAGAAGUCACCGCCCCCGCCCCGCUGCCGGAGCAGGAAGGAGGCGUGUCCCCCGACACCGUCAGCGCUGCCUCGCAAAGCAUCGACGAGCCCUCCAAGGACAUUGUGUCGGUGCUGGUGCUGAAGGUCCACUCGGUGUGCGUGGCCAUGGAGUCGGUGGGCGAGAGCACCGGCGUGGCUCUGGAGGUGGACAAAGUCACGCCCGUCCAGCUGGGCAACGUCAGCCUGCGGCAGUACCUCAGCAGCCGCAGCCUGGGUGUGGUGUGUUCAGUGGCGGCUCAGAGCAGCCAAGGCCCGGCCGAGGUGCACUCGCCAUCCACGGGGCUCCCCCGCCGCCCUGAGGUGCGUGCCCGGCUCGAGAGCGGGCCAUGCGCCGCCGCCCACUCACCGCUGGCCGAGCGCAAUGGCUUUCUGCAGCUGCGUCUGCAUGGCUACCGCGCCAGCCUGCUCAUGUCCACGCUGCGCAACCUGGCCCACUUCCUGGAGGACGACACGGCGCCGCAGGUGCUGCCCAUGGAGAUCAGCGUACAGGACUUGCACAUACACUUGAAGGACGACGGCCAGCGUGACACCCCAUCCGAGGCGGAGCCCAUCACGCUACACGUGGACAGCCUGCUCAUCCACCGACGGGACGACGGCGCCUUCUACGUCGGAGUGGACACGGAGGCCAAACGUUCGGUGACGGCGGAUGGCGCCUUGAGUCCCGUCACCGAGGUCACCGUCGCCGAGGCCACGCAGACCCGCGCCUUAUCCGCCAGCCCCACAAAGCAUGAACAAAUGCUGACGGAUGAGAACGAAUGCCUGAAAGUGGAGCUGUCCCGGGCCAAAAUGGCGCUGGCCGAGGUUCAGAUGGAGAGGGACUCGCUGCUGCACCAAAUCAACAGCCUCAAGGUCAACACCAGCUAGCCGCUCGCCACGUGGAGCUAGUUUUUUUCCUAACUUAAUAAUUCCUUCAUGGAGCAAUGCAGAGACUCAAGUAAAGUACUUUUUUUUUUUUUUUUAAAUUCCAGCAAAAUGAUGUUUUAGUGUGUUAUGAUGUGGGUUUGGACAAUGGUUGCGUCAAAUCUUCUUAGUGAAUGUUUCUGAGGAAUGUCGCCGAGAAAAGAUCAGUUUUGCACAUCCUGCUCUUAUUUUUGUGCGUGUGCGUGCGUGUGUGUCCUAUCAGAAUGUGAGAGCGCUUUUGUACACAGAUCUGAACGGUUCCACAGUGUUGAAUGUGCGCGUGUUGUUGAGAACAAGCAUUUCAUUCCCCAGAUGAGUUUUUCUGGGUUGGGCCACUUCCCAGCUAUUUUUAUAGGAAACGUGUACAGCGUGUACACCCGCACAGCUUCGCCUCAUUGAUCUUUGUGCAUCUUUCUGCGUGGUUGGCCGCCAUCUUGUUUGAACUGUGUAAAAACGGAAGAAUAUUAUCAUGUCAUAUUUUGUCUGUCAAAGCUGCUGAAAUGCUGAUUAAAACAUGUGGGCGGGGUGAAAAAAGACCAUCCACUCAGACAUCUAUUUUGGCAGAAAGUCUUCCUCACUCAUUUUAAAAUGUUUUAUUUAGUAUUGAUUUUUUUUUCAUUAUUAAAAAAAACGUUUACAUU